CUCUGACCAGGUGGUGGUUCCCUCGAUGAACCCCUUAGCUGUGGGCAGUAAUGUCACCCUGAACCUAGUUCCUCAAAGCCCCAUCAACAUAGGGACCUGGUCAUAUGAAACUACAACCAUCGUACUUUUCUAUCCUGGUGGCAGUAGUGUGAGUACAAGUUAUCGAGGCAGAGUCUCAUUCAACCGUUCCUCCUCAGAGCUGUCCAUAAGCUCUCUCCAACUCAACGACUCAGGUCUAUAUACCGUGCAGGGAAUGGAGCCAGUCCUGUAUGCUGUGGUGAACUUGUCUGUCCAGGAGCCCAUUUCAAACGUGACUCUAAGGGCCAACGCCACUGAUCUAGUGGAAUUGAACGACACUGCCAUGUUCACCUGCUCUGUCUCCUCUGGCACCUCCCUCUCCUACCGCUGGCUGAAUGGCAGCUCAAAGGUCACAGCUAGUGACAGAGUUCGGCUUGGUGGUGGGACCAGCACUCUCAUCAUAAUCAGUGUGACACGAUACGAUGAAGGGCCGUUCAGAUGUGAGGUCAUUAACGGAAUCAGCAACGGCACCAGCCAGCCCAUUGGCCUCAAUGUUAGAUAUGGCCCAAGUAACCUCACCAUGAUGGUAGUUCCUGAGAUGACCAUAGGACAUACAGACUACAAGACGGGCUCUGACAUCACUCUGUCCUGCUCCACUCAGUCCAAACCCGCUGAGUCCUACAAGUGGAGGUUUAAUGGGAUGUUCCUCAAUGAGCAAAGCCCACAGCUCAGUCUGCAGAACAUCAGGGAGAACCAAACAGGAAGUUACGCCUGCUUAGCCCACAACAAUGUCACACUCCAAGUCGCCUCCAUGACCACAAUGAUAAAGAUCGUGGAGCCGAUAUCAGCGGUUUCGUUGAACCGUGAUGGGAAGCCACCGAUACUGGAUCAGUCGUUCACUCUGCGGUGUGAGGUGACUGGACCUGUAAACUACAUUAUAUGGCUGAUGAACGGCCAGCUCAUCUCCCUAAAUAACAGAACAUUCUUCUCUACGGACAACAACACAAUGGUUAUCAACCCAAUCCAAUUUUCUGACAAUGGAGAAUAUCUCUGUGAGGCCUUUAAUGCUGUUAGCAACCUGACCAGCAUAGCAUACAAUCAUGUGGUGAACUUUGGACCAGAGAGACCUGCUAUAACUAGUCCGGAUAUAGCAAUGACAGGACACAUCGUGACCUUCAAGUGCUCAGCUUCCUCUCAGCCUCCCAGCCAGUUCAGCUGGUUCUUCAAUGGCUCCCAGGUGGCGACCGGCUCAGAGUAUGAGAUGGGCCCACUGACCUUAGCCUGUCAUGGAGAGUACAACUGUGUGGCCUUCAACAACAUCACUGUCAGAAACAGCACUGUCUCCAAGAUGCUCACUGUCGUUGCACCUGUGACCAUGACCAUUGUGAAAGUCGUUGGAGCCCAGCCAAUACUGAACGAGAGAUUCUCUCUGACCUGUGGCACCGCUGGAACGGUUUACUCCAUUCAGUGGAUGAGGAACGGCUGGCCUCUGUAUGCUGACAACAGAACAGACUUCUCUAUGAACAACAAUACACUGACAUUCAACUCUGUCCAGCAUUCUGACAAUGGAGACUAUCAGUGUUCUGCCUCCAACCCCUUCAGCAACAUGACCAGCCCAUACUACAAACUGAUUGUCAACUAUGGACCGGAGAUGCCAAUAAUAACAGGACCAGCAUUAGGAGAAACAGGACACAGCGUGACCUUCAACUGCUCAGCUUCCUCUCAGCCUCUCAGCCAGUUCAGCUGGUUCUUCAAUGGCUCCCAGGUGGCAACUGGCUCAAAGUAUGAUACUGGCCCACUGACUUUAGCCAGUCAUGGGGAAUACACCUGUGUGGCCUUCAACAACAUCACUUGCAGAAACAGCACUGUCUCCAAGAUGCUCACUGUCGUUGAUGGACCGGAGAUGCCAAUAAUAACAGGACCAGCAUUAGGAGGAACAGGACACGGUGUGACCUUCAACUGCUCAGCCUCCUCUCAGCCUCUUAGCCAGUUCAGCUGGUUCUUCAAUGGCUUCCAGGUGGCAACUGCCUCAGAGUAUGAUACUGGCCCACUCACCUUAGCCAGUCAGGGGGAGUACACCUGUGUGGCCUUCAACAACGUUACUGGCAUAAACAGCACUGCUUCAAAGAUGCUCACUGUCGUUGGCCACUCACCUGCCCCUCCAUUCCAGUCCAGAGUUGGUCUGAUGCUGACGGCCCUGCUAGCCCUCUCUCUCUGCCUCUGAUCAACCACUGAGACCACCACAGUAAGCACACUGCAUGUCUGUCUGCUGGCUGGGAGCCAAUCACUCCCUUCCCUCUACCCUCACUGACUAUCCCUUGCUGAUCUGGAAAAGGGCUGGAUAGAAAUAAGUAGUAUUGUCAAUAUUGUAAUUGCCUCAUCUCACCACCAUAGGGCUGGGUUUAGCGUGCUUAGCUCCUUAGCUCUUUUCCAAUGCUUUUAGAAUGUGAGGAGAGUCAACAAGAGGUCAGAUGAGAGGGGCCUAUCCCCUUAGAAUAGAACCCACCUCUACAAUGUGUUUUAUGUCAAUCAUCUCUAUAAACUGAUAUUUUCUUUUUUAAAACUAAAGUCUUGAAAACUGGUCUUCAACAAGUUAAUUGAAGGCGCAAAGAUUCGCUGCUCAGUUGUGCUGCCUAUUUCUGAUUGUAAUUAAAUGUUCUUAGAUAUUCACUGCCCUUGUGACUGUGACUGUUGCCCUGGAGUCCAUUCACUGAGUCCCUUUCUGUGUUCUGUAUUUGAUCAUGUAUGUAAACUUUGUUAUUUAAGUACAAAUUCAGGUUUAAUUAACUUGUAAAUACCUUAAAGGUAAAACAUUUCAAUUGAUAGUACAGUUAACUGGUGUUUAUGUAAAAUAUGCCUUGUUUUUGCAUAAGCUUGUAAAUUCUCGGAGGAGAAGCAGGCUUGUGCUGUUGUCUUAUGUUUAUAUUUCCUCUUCAUUAAUUAUUGGCUUAAAUAAAGUGUUGUCUUCUCACA